AUGCAGCAGGACCCUCCGCCGUUUGUUUGGGCUGUCCCAGAUGAGAAGAAUAUCCUCAACUGGCAUUACAUCGUGCGUGGACCCCCGGAUAGCCCGUAUCAAGGUGGAGAGUAUCAUGGCAUGAUCCUGUUCCCUCCCGAGUAUCCUUUCAAGCCACCGGGAAUCAAGAUGCUCACCCCCUCUGGGCGGUUCCUGCCUGAUAAAAAGAUUUGCUUUUCUAUGAGCGACUUUCAUCCAGGAACAUGGAAUCCAGCUUGCCUCACUGGACUCUUAUCUUUCAUGUUGUCUGAUGAGAUUACGACGGGUUCAGCCCGCUCCAACGACCAAGAAAAGCGCAUUCUGGCCGAGCGCAGCCACUCGUGGAAUAUCCAACAAAAGCGAUUCCGUGAUGCAUUCCCCGAGUACUCGCAGCCCGAGAUGAAGGAGCUACCGAACAUGGGGAUCAAGGAGCGUGGCAUCCCGCCCACUGCACCAGAAGGGCACGUCGACUCGCGUUCUAGUAGCCCGGAUUCCUCAACAUCUUCCGUACAGGGAGGCGAUCGACCCGCCGCCGGCAGCACCAAUCGGUCAGCCAGACGCGGCCACGCUCCAGCCCGAAACGUGAAUCGUGCAGAUGGAUGGACAUCGACGAUUGGUCGCCUCGUCACGGAAAAGUGGCAGAUCGGGCUCUUAGUCGUCGUUGCGGUACUCGUCAUGCGACUCUCUGCGUGA